CAGGGCGUGGCCGACGGUGUGCGGUGAACAUGGCGGAGCGUGUCAAGAAGAGGCCCUGCGGCCCGGGUGAACAUGGCCAAAGGAUUGAGUGGCGAAAAUGGAAGCAACAGAAGAAAGAGGAGAAAAAGAAAUGGAAGGACCUCAAGCUGAUGAAAAAACUGGAGCGGCAGCGGGCUCAGGAAGAAGAGGCAAAGCGCCAGCAGGAAGAAGAGGCAGGCGCACAGAGGGAGGACCAGGGCCGGCCCUACACCCUGAGCGUGGCCCUGCCAGGCUCCAUCCUGGACAACGCCCAGUCGCCGGAGCUCCGCACCUACCUGGCUGGCCAGAUUGCCAGGGCCUGCACCAUCUUCUGCGUGGAUGAGAUUGUGGUGUUCGAUGAAGAAGGCCAAGAUGCCAAGACUGUGGAGGGUGAAUUCAGGGGCGUCGGCAAGAAGGGGCAGGCGUGCGUGCAGCUGGCCCGGAUCCUACAGUACCUGGAGUGUCCGCAGUACCUAAGGAAAGCGUUCUUCCCCAAGCACCAGGAUCUCCAGUUUGCAGGGCUUCUGAACCCCCUGGACAGCCCUCACCACAUGCGUCAGGAUGAGGAAUCCGAGUUCAGAGAAGGCAUCGUGGUGGACCGGCCCACCCGGCCAGGCCACGGGUCCUUUGUCAACUGCGGCAUGAAGAAGGAGGUGAAGAUUGAUAAGAACUUGGAGCCUGGACUUCGGGUGACAGUGCAGCUGAACCAGAAGCAGCUCCCAGAAAGCAAGACCUACCGGGGCAAAGUCGUGUCUUCGCAGGACCCCCGCACCAAAGCCGGUCUCUACUGGGGCUACACGGUGCGGCUGGCCUCCUGCCUCAGUGCCGUGUUUGCUGAGGCUCCCUUCCAGGAUGGGUACGACCUGACCAUCGGGACAUCGGAGAGGGGCUCAGAUGUGGCCUCUGCCCAGCUUCCCAGCUUCAGGCACGCUCUUGUGGUGUUUGGGGGUCUCCAGGGGCUGGAAGCUGGCGUGGACGCCGACCCCAACCUGGAGGUGGCCGAGCCCAGUGUCCUCUUCGAUCUGUACGUCAACACGUGUCCGAGCCAGGGCAGCCGCACCAUCCGCACGGAGGAAGCCAUCCUCAUCUCCCUGGCCGCCCUGCGGCCUGGCCUCACCCAGGCGGGCACCCGGCCCAGCUGAAGGUCCCGUCCGGCCCACGCCAGCAGAGCAGCAGCGGGAAAGCCAGAGGUGCCUGGGAGGUCCCGCCGGGACCGACACAGCCACGCCUUGUCUCCGAAAAUCACCACCUUUAAUGCAGCCCCGCCCCCACAGUCUGGCAGGGCUACGGCCUUCACUUUGUGCCCGCACUGAUGGCCUUCAGGCUGCCUGCCCGUGCCAGGAUAUUUGGCACGAAGAGCAGCCCCGAGGCCCGCUCGAUGCUCUCGAUGGGCACCAGGAAGCGCUCCAGCGGCGUCGCCUCAUCCACAGGGGCGUUGGGCAUCACGUAGGAGCGGAGUUCGAUCUGCCCGCCUGCUGCCUCCAGGAUCAGCACCUUGAAGAAGUGGGUGGGCACUGCCACGUGGUUCUUCCCGAUGACCUGGUACUUCACGUAGGACUUCCCGUCAGCCUCUGUCCUGCGGGCAGACCAGAGCACUGGUUGGACCCAAGGCUGCUCCCGUGGGCCUGCCACCUCAGCUCGAGGCCUCCGCGCCCGGCUAGGCUCCCCAGGAGGCUGGGAUCGCCCACCCUGUUUCCCUCGGGCCCGGCACGGGGUCAGGCAGGGUGGGUCACGGCAGUAAAUGUUACCGAGAGAACCGGG